AUGGUGACGUACAUGAAAGCCGUUGCCAAGGCCGGACAGGAACUCACUGUGGACGAGCGUAACCUGCUGUCGGUUGCCUACAAGAACGUGAUUGGAACGCGUCGUGCCAGCUGGAGAUUGAUUUUAUCUAUAGAACAAAAGGAAGAGGCCAAGAACGCUACCCACCAUGUGGAACAGAUCAAGGCAUACAAGGCCAAGAUCGAGAACGAGCUCGAGGAUAUUUGCAAGGAUGUUUUGGACGUUCUUGUUGAGAACUUGUUGCCCAAGGCCGAGACCGGCGAGUCGAAGGUGUUCUACUAUAAGAUGAAGGGAGAUUACCACCGUUACUUAGCAGAGAUUGCUUCUGGUGAUAAGAAGAAGGCUGCUGCUACCGAUGCCCACGAGUCGUAUAGAAAGGCCACUGAUGUCGCUCAAACCGAGUUGUCGCCUACUCAUCCUAUUCGUCUUGGAUUGGCCCUUAAUUUCUCGGUAUUCUACUACGAGAUCCUCAACUCGCCUGCCCGUGCCUGUCACCUUGCUAAACAAGCGUUUGACGACGCCAUUGCCGAGCUCGACUCGUUGUCCGAGGAAAGCUACCGCGACUCGACUCUGAUCAUGCAAUUGCUCAGAGACAACUUGACUUUCUGGCAAAACGAUCUCGAGAACUUACAACAGGAGGGCGCUGAUGGAGAGACCGAGCCUGAACCUGCUGCCGCUGCCGCUGCUGCUCCUGCUGCUGCUUCUGAAACCACGGAAGAGGCUGCUGCUCCUGCUGCCGCUCCUGCUGCUGAAGAACCCUCGGCCUAA